UUUAACUCAUGAGAUAACCAAAUUGCACAAGACAACAAGGCAAGUGAGCCUGUCUGAUGGAGAGAAGCCAGUGAAAUUGGUACAUAGUGGAGCAAUGUCGUAAUCCCGAGGGUCACCUGAAACAUGAGUUUGAAUCCGUAAUGAUGACAUUUUGAAAUUGGAUCGCCCUUCAGUCAAGAUUCUUCCCGACACACACACAAAUUAGAAGAUAAAUCAACAAAAGAGGAAUGCCUACGACUGCUCCGUCGAUACAUACAACAGUUAAUUAAACACAUUUUAAAGUAUCUUCAAUCAAAGGACAUGCCAACGGAAGUUGUAUCUAUGCACAUUGGCCAGGCGGGCGUCCAAAUGGGAAACGCCCUCUGGGAGCUGUAUGGGCUCGAGCACGGCGUCCUGCCCAACGGGGUGAACGCUUUUCCGAACCAGAAUAUCGACGAGGGUACGGAGAGCGUCUACAUGAACAACAGCGGGAGGCUCGUCCCACGGGCCAUUUUCGUGGACCUGGAACCGACGCCGAUCGAUGAAAUCAGGGUGGGUACGUACCGGCAGCUUUUCAGCCCGGAAUUCAUGCUGACGGGGAAAGAGGACGCUGCGAGCAACUUCGCCAGAGGAUACUACGGUGUCGGCAACGAGAUGUCCGACAUCUGCUUGGAUAGACUGCGGAAGUGCGCUGAGACUUGCCACUCUCUUCAGGGAUUCAUUAUCUUCAGGUCCUUCGGCGGAGGUACAGGCUCCGGAUUCGUUGCCAACAUUCUCAACAAAAUAAAAAGGGACUAUGGCAAAACGAGUGUCCUUGAGUUCGCCGUCUACCCUGCACCAAGAAUUUCGCCGAUUGUAGUCGAGCCUUACAACACGGUGCUUGGCACGCACGCGGCCAUCAACAACGAGGAUUGCACAUUCAUUUUCGACAACGAAGCCGUGUACGAAAUCUGCGCCAGGAAUCUCGACGUACAUAAUCCGACAUACACAAAUCUCAACAGACUCAUUGCUCAGGUGUGUUCCGGCAUCACGGCUCCUAUGCGUUUCGAAGGUUCCAUGAACGUGAGUCUGGUCGAGUUCCAGACAAAUCUUGUGCCAUACCCGAGGAUCCAUUUUCCGCUCAUGACUUACGCCCCGAUCGUGCCGGUCCAUAAAGCCGCUUAUGACGCGCUGAGCACGCAGCAGCUGGUAAAUAUGUGUUUUGAACCGGCGAAUCAAAUGAUAAAGUGCGACCCUCGUGAUGGAAAAUACAUGGCUUGUUCUCUCCUUUUCCGGGGCGACAUUUCCCCGACCGACGUCAACUCGGCUAUCGCCCGGAUCAAAAGUUCAAAGAGCAUUCAGUUCGUCGACUUCGCCCCGACCGGAUUUAAGGUCGGUAUCAACUAUAUGCCCCCGGCAACUGUUCCUGGUGGCGAUUUGGCCAAGACUAACAGAGCCCUGGUUAUGAUGACCAACACUUCCGCUAUCACCCCCGCUUGGACUAGGAUCAACUACAAGUUCGGGGUGAUGUUCAUGAAAAAGGCCUUCGUCCAUCAUUACAUCGGAGAAGGGAUGGAAGAAGGAGAGUUCACCGAAGCCCAAGCCGAUCUGAAAGCGCUCGAAGAAGAUUAUAAAAAUGCUGCGGAAUAAACGAUCCCCGCCACCGUCCCGAAAUGUUUGAAGAUCACCCGCUUCAGCCAUUAUAAAUUCGAUGUUAAUCCUUAUGUUUUCUCCAUUACAGGAAUUUAUUGCCCUGCCGUUGAUUAAACGGGCCAAAACUGAAGGUUGUGUUCUAUUGUCAGUAUUUCAGCUAAGAACUUUGGAAGAAUGUUUAUCAAGUUUUUUCGAAGUUGUUCCGGUAUACUCUGACGUCCCAGCUAGUUCCAAUUUGAUACAGAAGAAACACAAUGUACUAAUAAACAAAUGACUCUUAUUCACACACA